GCCGUUGGAAUUUAUGGUGGUGGUAAUAUCUACACCGGAGUGGCAGAAGUCCCUCCAUUCAACGGAUCUUGGUACCUAUGCAGUAGCAUCAACAUCGACUAUAUCAGUAAGUUUUUCAAUGAGAGUUUUAGAAGAUCAAACGACUCCAGUAACGGAAGGAUUCCCGGUAAAACCCUUGUAGGUAGACCGCCAAAAUCAUUACCGAAAUACAAACCUGCAUUAUUAGCAUUUCAACUCAGUUAUGAAGAUGUAGUAGAAUAUUCAAAUAUCACCAAUGAAGUUACUAAAUUUGAUUAUAUCCCAUCAUUGUCAUGUUAUGUAAAGCCCGUACAACAAUGUGAUCAAGACGUUGGUGACUUACCUUUAGAAUUUAAAGAAAGUCAGUGCCUAUUAUUGGAAAAUCCAACUGGUAUUCCCGUUAGAUUUAAUUUAUCAGUUUCUUUUACCGAGACCGUAUUUGUUCAAGAAUUUACUA